GUGAUAACUGCAGAUCCUGAAUGUCGCAUUCAUGGGAGUCUUACUGUUGUGUGCUUUCGCAGAAUGGUUUAUGUGGCUGGCUGCAUUUGUUUAUUGCCUGUACCAGGUGUAUAAGAAAGCGGAAUGCGCGUCAACGCAGCUCCUUGCAGUUGUAAACAUUUGCUCUUUUUCUAUUCUCAGAUUGGCGUUCCUGCCCGUCAUGCUGGUUACCCUGCCGUUGCCUUCUCGGAUUGUACAAUACUUUCCCGAAAGAAUGGUUUGGUUUUUCCAGUGGUUCGCCUUUUGGACCUUUGCAGCUUUGUUGAUGCUCCCCUGGAUGCUAGCCGUUUACUCCCAUGUCAUACACUCCUUAGGCCGAAAGAAGUUGGCAAAUAUCGUGUUAAAUGAACACACUGCACCCAAAGUCAUCAUUUUCAUGCCUUGUUACAAUGAACAACUUGAUGUUCUUCUUACGGCAAUCGACUCUAUUGUUGAGUGCGAUUAUCCCACACCUUGUCUUCACAUCUUUCUUUCCUUUGAUGGCGAACAAGAAAAAGAUUCCUACGCCAAAACGCUCGAAAGGCUUGACAUACCAGCUUCUAUUAGCAAAUACCCGGGAGCCAUUGACAUUGUUCGCAAUGGUGUGAGAAUCACCGUCUCCAAGUUUCCUCAUGGAGGCAAACGGCAUUGUCAGAAGCUCACGUUUCAGCUUGCGGAGAAGAUGUACGGCGAAUACGCGGCACAACGCGAUGACUUAUUUGUGUUAUUUAUCGAUUCAGAUUGCAUACUUAACGAUGUCUGUAUUCAGAAUUUCAUGUAUGAAAUGGAAUUAAAGCCUGGCGGCAAGAAAAAGCUGCUGGCAAUGACCGGCGUCAUUACUUCUACCACGGGAAAGAACUCUCUAAUUACGCUACUUCAAGAUAUGGAAUAUAUCCAUGGGCAGCUAUUUGAGAGAUGUGUAGAAUCCUGCUGCGGCUCAGUUACUUGUCUGCCCGGCGCGCUCACUUGCAUACGAUUCUCAGCACUUCGAAAACUUUCCAAGGAAUAUUUCUCGGACCAUGUUGAAAACUGCAAGGACAUUUUCGAUUUUGGCAAGACACACCUCGGAGAGGACAGAUGGCUAACGCAUCUUCUCAUGGUCGGAGCACAGCGAAGCCAUCAGAUCAAAAUGUGCCCGGGAGCGUUCUGUAAGACCGAAGCAGUUCAGACGUUUAAGAGCUUGAUCAAGCAACGCCGCAGAUGGUUUCUCGGCUUCAUCACGAAUGAGGCUUGCAUGAUGACCGACAUACGUAUCUUCAAGCGAUACCCUGCUCUUAUUCUUGUGAGACUCAUGCAGAAUACGAUUCGUACCACUGCGUUGUUAUUCUUCCUAAUGGUAAUUUCUCUUGCCACUACCUCGAACAAGAUCUCAAAUGUCCCGGUUGGUUUUAUUGCAAUCUCCCUCGGGCUCAACUGGCUCUUGAUGAUCUACUUUGGAGGGAUGCUGGGCCGUUACAAAGUGUGGCUUUAUCCUCUCAUGUUCCUCCUCAACCCAAUCUUCAAUUGGAUCUACAUGGUUUAUGGGAUCUGUACUGCGGGUCAGCGGACUUGGGGUGGUCCCCGCGCUGAUGCAGCAACGGCCGACGAAAACACUACACCACAGCAAGCCAUCGAGCAUGCGGAAGCCAGCGGCAACGACCUAAACAUUGUUCCCGAAAGCUUCAGCGCGCCAACCGUCUUGAGGAAACGAUCCGGAAAACUCCCGCUGCAACCUCCUGAUUCGAUCAAUGGCAGAUUUACCUCAACGGAGUCUCCCUCUGAGCCCGAUUACCAGGAGGAUGGCGGGGAUGGUCUCAGCCUUCACGAGUGGGAUAAUGAACACUCAAAUGUGUCACAACUUCCAAUGCAUCCGGAGAACGUAUCAGCUCCUUCGGAGAUGAGUGUAGAUUCAGACGAUGUCCCAAUCUCCUUGCCGCGACGCGUGGAGAGCAUCGUUGGUCUGAUGAACGCGAGGGAGAACCUCUUGGCAAAAGCAGAUCUGAAUGAAAAGGAAGAGCACUCUGACCUCUCUCAUACCAAGGACAUGGCCGGCCAAGUCUCUGACUCGGAUGAAAUGGAAACCACUAAGCAUCGAGCACUCGAUCCCGAGCUCAUUUCUACUCCAGUGCAGGGCGAAGCAGAUAAUGGAGCCGUCUACAAUGCUACCGCAGGCAUGAGAACCGGGAACAAUGCACAAACUUUGUCAGAAAUGCUGUCCACUCCAGCGCACGGUCUUUCUGAGGGAGUCCCAGUUACUGGACGACAUGCAAGCAGACUCAGCCGCCUGACUCGUUUGGGCUUUAUGAGGAUUGCGUCCACCGACAGAAUCGACAUUGAAUCUCAAACUCACAGUCAGCCCGCCUUUGGUAGAUCGACGAUGUCAAGUGGCGUCCCAGAUUCUUCUGAAGACACGCAGCCCAGAGGUCGCCGCCUAUCGAAAUCCGGGCCUGCCGGGAUUUAAGAGCUGAUGGAGAUGCAAGGGAAGGAUUAUCGCCAGGACAACUUCACAUCUAAUGGGAACAAACCAUUCGCGUCUUAAUCAAUAGCAAGGAACUGCACGCGCACGAAAUGUGUUGAGCUUUGUCGUAUAUGAAGGCAGGAAAAGCGAUCUUCUUCAGCAAGCAUCCAUAAUGGCACAGGAAUUUCUUUCUUUCUGAUUGACCUUUACUAUCUUCCACAGGCGUCUCUUAAUUACUGCGGCUGUAUUUGGC